AUGACUGACUUCAUCGCGCGCAUUGAACAGGAUGCACUGCGGAAUGAUAACCGCGAACCUGCGUGGGGAUCAAUUCAUAACGACAUGGUCUACCAGCAGUGGACAGAUAGUUUCUUAACGCCAGUGAACCAGUCUGUCAUGGAGAGCGCUCAAACCAUUGGAACUCCUGGUUUCGAUCGUUUCCUCGAAGAAUCGUAUUUGACCUACCCAGGAGACGUUAGUGCCAGCGGACCAAAAGCACAGCCGUUUCUGGAGACUGAGUUCCAUGCGCAACCACGAAACUACCAUUAUGCAAGCCGGCAACAGCUCAUCGAACAGAAAGAAGAAUACGAAAGGGAGGAAAUGAAUGCAUUCUGGCGGCCCAACUACUCUUAUUACUGA